GGCCCAUCGAGUCUGUGCCGGUCAGACAAGUAGCUGACUAUUCUAAUCCCAUUUUCUAGCACUAGGCCCAUAGCUUUGUAUACCAUGGCAUCGUAAGUACAGAUCCAAGUACUUCUUAAAUAUUAUGAAGGUUCAGUAAUGGUAAUGUCAUUAAAUGUUAGGGGGUGAUGGUUAGAUUCUCUCUUGUUGGAGAUGGUCAUUGCCUGACAUUUGUUUGGUGCAAAUGUUACUUGCCACUUGUCAGCCCAACCUGGAUAUUGUCCAUGUCUUGCUACAUUUGUACAUAGACUGCUUCGGGACUUGUCAAUGUCCUUUUACGUUUCACACUAUCCUCCGCACUGUUCACAAUACUUCCAAGUUUUGUGCCCUGGACAAAGUGUGGGUCAUUAAUAUAUGGCAAGAAGAGCCUGGUCCUUGUCAAGAAAGGAUUUCUGCAAUCAAAACAGGCACAAAAAAGGUUGGAUUGACAAUAAUGAAGAUACCUUGCAAAUUCUUCUCAUAUCUACAGUUCCAAAAGGCUUUACAGUCUCUACAGUUACAACCGAGAGAUGCUGGUAGAAAUAUGAAGCAGCUCAAAAACAUAACGUCAGGUCCAGCAGCCAGUGCAACACCUUCUGACUCGAUUGAACUCUUUGGGAAAUUCUACUCUCGAGAUGAUUAUACAAAUGUUACACCAAAGAUUUUGUCCAAAGUGGGGAAAAACUUACAGAACCAAAGAAACCACCCUUUAUGGCUCAUUAAGGAACGCAUUAAGGAUCAUUUCUAUACGCACUAUUUGAGUCGCAAUAGGAAUCCAUUGUUUUCAGUGUAUGAUAAUCUGUCCCCUGUGGUUACCACAGAGCAGAACUUUGACAGUUUGCUAAUACCACCAGCUCAUGCAAGCAGGAGGAAAGGGGAUAACUUUUAUCUGAAUCAAACUAACAUGCUCCGGGCUCACACAUCUGCUCACCAGCACGAUCUUAUUCGUGCAGGCCUCAACGCCUUUCUGGUAGUUGGAGAUGUCUAUCGGCGUGAUGAAAUUGACAGCAGCCACUAUCCAGUCUUCCAUCAAAUGGAGGGGGUCAGACUAUUUUCAAGACACGAGUUGUUUGCUAAUGUGCAAAAUGGUGAAGAACUUUGCAUCUUUGAGAAGGGAUGCCGCACACCCUAUAAACAAGAGAUACACACACUGGAGGCAGUUAAACUACUUGAGUUUGCUUUAAAGCAGACCCUGAAGAAAGUCAUGACGCACCUUUUUGGGAAAGGACUAGAAAUUAGAUGGGUGGAUUGCUAUUUCCCAUUUACACACCCUUCCUUUGAAAUGGAGAUCAAGUUCCAAGGAGAGUGGAUGGAGGUCCUUGGCUGUGGGAUCAUGGAGCAGCAACUGGUAAACUCAGCUGGUGCUCAAGACAGGAUUGGAUAUGCUUUUGGCCUGGGGCUCGAACGGCUAGCGAUGAUUUUGUAUGGAAUACCAGACAUCCGUUUGUUCUGGAGUGAAGACGAACGAUUCUCCAAACAGUUCCAGGUUACUCACAUUGACCAGAAAGUCACAUUUCAGCCCCUUAGCAAAUACCCACCAUUAAUAAAUGACAUCUCUUUUUGGAUUCCAAAAGAAGGAUAUGAAGAACAUGAUUUCUACGAUUUGGUGCGAAAUAUUGGCGGCGACCUGGUGGAGAAGGUCAGCCUCAUUGACCAUUUUACACAUCCAAAGAGAAGCUGGCUCAAAGCAGGAGGGAGAGGUACCAGACUGGUAGUGGAGUGGCCCACCUUCGGCCCCUCAUUCACUUUGAGGAGUGUGCCAUUGUGCUGACCAGUGAGGACAUGGACCGUACCUGCGAUGACAUUGAGGACUGGAAAGGUCAGCCAUUGCUACAGGAUUACCUACCGCCACAUGGAACGAACAUUGACCCAGGAAGAGGUGCGCACCGUUCAUCGAGCAAUUGAAAAAGUGACCAUGGAGACAAUGGGAGUAGAAGGCAGAUUUUAAAAUCAAGAACAUAAUGAUUUUUUCUGGUUUUGCUGAAGCCUGCCUGUCAGUUUUUGUCGUGCUCAACAAAUGAUGAAAUACAAAUGAAGUGCAAUUCAGGCUAAAUUUGAUUUUGGUAAAGCUCAGCAUUUUGAAUGAAUAUGUCUGCUAUUUUUUUGUGUGUGAUUUUGUGCAGAGACACCAGCCUUCAUUUGUAAAACAGAAAGGUUUUUCUUUAGAUUUUAUGCUGUGGUCCAUAUUAAUUGGCUCCCAGGAGUUAAGCUACUUCAGGAAAGUACCCGGCAUGUCAUCCAUUCAUUAGACCAAAUUAGGCUUCUACUGACAUCGUUUCCACAUCAAGCAACUUGAUAGCAGCUUUCCUGGUAUAGAAAGAAUCAGAAAUAUUUGCUUUCAUGUGCAAUAAAUUAUCACAAUAAUCAAUGCAGGAAAAAACAGAACACAAAUAUGUCAAUUGGGUCUAAACAAUCCCAGUAGGAUCAUUUAUGCCUUAAAGAGCCUUUCACAUUUGGUUGAUUCUGUUGUUUGAACCUGUUUGGGAUAGAUUUGAUUUUAUUACUUUCUAGAUAAUAAGAAAAUAAGCACAAAAUUUUAUGCAAUUGCAUGAUCAUCUUAAGCAGUUCAGAAUCUGUAAAAUACUGAAACGUAUUUAAUAAACGGACAACUCAAA